AUGUUGAAAAAGGAUCAACUAGCCCAUGUGAAAGCAGAAAGAGACGUUUUAGCUGAAUCUGACUCGCCUUGGGUUGUUCAACUCUAUUUUAGUUUCCAAGAUGCGCAAUACCUUUAUCUUAUUAUGGAGUUCUUACCGGGUGGUGAUCUAAUGACCAUGUUAAUCAAAUAUGAUACGUUUAGUGAGCCAGUGACAAGAUUUUACAUAGCAGAGAUUGUCUUAGCUUUGGAGGCUAUUCACAACCUGGGUUUCAUUCAUCGUGACAUCAAACCGGACAAUAUUUUAAUUGACAAGGAUGGGCAUAUCAAAUUAUCAGACUUUGGAUUAUCUACUGGGUUUCAUAAAACCCAUGAUUCACAAUAUUACCAACGUUUGCUGGAAGGUCAGCAUCAUCAGGAUACGGCGAUAACAUCAGACUUCAUCAAUCUCAAUACUCAAAAGGAAAAAAUCGCUACAUGGAAAAAAAAUCGUCGAGCUUUAGCUUAUUCAACAGUAGGCACGCCUGAUUAUAUAGCACCUGAAAUUUUCUUACAAAGAGGAUACGGUAAAGAAUGUGAUUGGUGGUCAUUGGGAGCCAUUAUGUUUGAGUGUUUAUGUGGUUAUCCGCCUUUUUGUUCGGAAAAUCCUCAUGAUACGUAUCGAAAAAUUAUGAAUUGGAGUGAAACACUUAUUUUUCCCGAAGAUCAACCAAUAAGUAGAGAAGCAGAAGAUUUAAUACGUAGAUUGAUAUGCGAUGCUGAUCGAAGAUUGGGUCGGAAUGGCCCUGAAGAGAUAAAGCAGCACCCCUUCUUUUAUGGAAUCAAUUGGGAUAACAUUAGAAACGAAAGAUCACCACAUAUACCACAAUUAAAAAGUAUUACAGACACAAGCUAUUUCCCAACAGAAGAAUUAGACGCUGUACCUGAUGUAGUAGACAAUAACCAAGUCUAUGAAACAAAUACUGUAAAUGCACAAAAGGAUUUGGCUUUUGUUGGUUAUACCUUUAAGCGUUUUGACUAUUUAACCAAGAAGAAUAUUCUGUAA